UAGGUAAAGAUCAGGAUUCAGAUCUGUCCAUAAGGUCCCUGAUCCUGCUCUUCUCCGCUAAUAUGUGGGAAUAAUCCCGUUUUUGCCUUUCUUUUGAAAAUGUCGACGGGAGGGAUGAUUUCGGCAGUGUUCUUGUCUUCAUAGAACAGUGCAUGCAUAUUACAGAUGCAGGAUGCGGUGGUGUCCCAGCCCUGUGCUCCAGCUGCUGCGCUGUGUGCGGUUACGGCCGUGUACCAGGAGAGGAAGGAGCAAACUGCCUUUGUGGAUUAGGGAAAUUUGGGCUUACAUGAGCGUGCUGGUGCAGUCACUUUACUUUAACUCCCUCACGGACUCAGAUGUGGUUUUUGACUCAAUCUUUGAACCAGUGUUUUUAACUGUGGAUUAUGUCACACGUUGGUUUGGAACAGUGUUUGUUUGUUUGGUGGUGACACUGACCAGCUCCAUUGUGGUGAUAGCCUAUUUUGUCCUGCUGCCACUGAUCCUCAACACAUACUCCCCUGCAUGGAUUGCUUGGCAUGUCUGUUAUGGACAUUGGAACCUCAUUAUGAUUGCUUUCCAUUACUUCAAAGCUGCAAAGACUUCCCCUGGAUACCUACCCACAGAAAGAAAUGACCGUCCAUUUGUGGCAGUCUGUAAAAAAUGCAUCAUGCCCAAACCAGCAAGAACACAUCACUGUGGUAUCUGUAACAGGUGCAUUCUGAAAAUGGACCAUCAUUGUCCCUGGUUGAAUAACUGCGUUGGUCACUUUAACCAUCGUUACUUCUUCUCCUUCUGCCUCUUCAUGACCUUAGGCUGUAUCUACUGUAGCAUCAGUGGCAGAAACCUGUUCCUAGAUGCAUACAGUGCUCUUGAGCGCUUUAAACAUUUGGACAUGGAAAAGCCAGGGGUGCCAGUAACAGGGAUGGGAGUUCUUAUAGGGCUUCUACCUCCAGGCCAGACCAACUAUCAGACACCUGCACCUCCGUACACCUUUAAGGAUAAGAUGAUUCAUAAGAGCAUCAUCUACAUGUGGGUGCUUACCAGCACUGUGGGCGUUGCUCUGGGAGCUCUGACACUUUGGCAUGCAGUUCUUAUAUCCAGAGGAGAAACCAGCAUAGAAAGACACAUUAACGGCAAAGAAACAAAGCGAAUGGCAAGGCGAGGAAAGGUUUACAGGAACCCUUAUAACUAUGGCAGGCUGAAUAACUGGAAAGUCUUCUUAGGUGUGGAGAAGAGAAGUCACUGGGUGACACGUGUCCUCCUUCCUUCUGGACACACUCCAUAUGGUGAUGGUUUGACAUGGGACAUCUUCCCAGUUAAAAAGGACUUAAUACCUGUAUGACAGACUCUAUGUAGGCAUACUUAUGGCCUAAUUUCGGCAGAUUUUUCGUCUCCAACCUCCUCCUGUCGUUUAACCUGGUUGGCUUGAAGGAUCCAUGCAUGGUGGCUCCAUACAGCUGAAGAAGUGGUAUCAUGUCAACCUCCAAUACCUCAAAAACAUGCUAUUGCAUUUCUCAUGGUUCGUCAGUCUUCAUUUUUGGAUGGUUUGUUCUCCAUUGGUUUUCAUAGAAAUGAGUCGUACUCAGCUCUGGGACAAUGAUUGGCUUGAUAUUUUUAUAAGCUACAUGCUCUGACUGAUAUUAUUGGACUGAAGAACCUUUAGAAUAAUAAUUUUUUAACACCUCCACGUCCACCUAUUAUGUGCAGGCAGUAGUCUGAUAUUAUCAUUUGAAACACACUUUCAAGGAAAACUAAAAAAACAUUAUCAGGACCAUGAUAAUGUUAUUAUUUAUCUGUAUUUUGUACCUAAUAAGUUAAUAAAUCUUUAUAAAUUGUUUUAUUUAAA